CAGGAGUUGGUAAACAUCGAUGUCCUCCCUCAUGGUACCAAAUCACCCACAGAAAGGCAACGCGCAGACGAAAACGUAGCUAAAAUUGGCAAAUCGUGGAGGUCUGAGGGAGUGCACACCAUGGCAGCGGACAUGCUGUUGCUAAUGAGGGGCUUGGCCAAGCUGAGCCAGGCAGUGAUUAAGACUCAGACCAGUACACUGCGCAGCGGAGAAACUGUGGCACAGAGCGUAAGCUCAACCAUGCAGAAGAUACAGGAGUUUACAGGUCAGCCGCCAAGUAUGCCAAACUUUGAUGCAGAUGUGGACGCGAAGUAUGAUUUUUGUGCCAAGGAGGACAGCUUUGAGGGUAUAGAUCACACGAGCUCUGCUGCUGAUGAUGAUCUCAGGGACACCAGCAAAGGUACAACCAGGACAUGCGGCCAGCCACCAGGCAAAUCUGAGCUUUUCAAGGGCUACAAGGACCCUAGCAAGCAGUUCACAGGGAGUCGCUCCUACCAUCAGGACCACUCUCCCAUGGGUGGCCUUACAGCCGAGGACAUUGACAAAGCCAGGGAGACCAAGCGGGGCAGUACCAAACCGCAUAAACAAAUGCUGAGUGAAAGAGCAAGAGAGAGGAAAGUCCCUGUAACGCGACUGGGAAGACUGGCAAAUUUUGGAGGUCUGGCGGUAGGACUCGGCAUUGGAGCAUUAGCUGAGGUGGCCAAGAAAAGCCUUCGUUCAGAGGAAAAGAACGGAGACAAAGGGGCCAUUCUGGGAUCUAGUCCCUUCCUGUCUGAGGCCAAUGCAGAGCGCAUCGUCAGGACAUUGUGCAAGGUUCGAGGGGCUGCUCUCAAGCUAGGCCAGAUGCUCAGUAUUCAAGACGAUGCUUUUAUCAAUCCUCAGCUAGCCAAGAUUUUUGAACGGGUUCGUCAGAGUGCAGACUUCAUGCCCAUCAAACAGAUGACGAAAGUUCUGAACAGCGACCUGGGGCCUAACUGGAGGGACAAGCUGCAGAUGUUUGAGGAGAGGCCAUUUGCUGCUGCCUCUAUUGGUCAGGUGCAUCUGGCCAGAAUGAAGGAUGGAAGAGAGGUUGCCAUGAAGAUCCAGUACCCCGGAGUUGCACAGAGCAUAAACAGUGAUGUGAACAACCUGAUGAUUGUCCUUAGCAUGAGCAAUGCUCUCCCUGAAGGUCUGUUCCCGGAGCACUUGAUAGAUGUGAUGCGGCAUGAGCUGGCUCUGGAGUGUGAUUAUAUUAGGGAGGCAAAGUGUGCCCGUAAAUUCAAAGAGCUCCUGAAAGGUCACCCUUUCUUCUAUGUGCCUGAAGUGAUUGAAGAGCUGAGCAGCAGACAUAUCCUCACCACCGAGCUGGUUUCUGGCUUCCCCCUGGACCAAGCUGAAGGGCUUUCCCAAGAGCUCAAAAAUGAGAUUUGUGAGAACAUCUUGACACUGUGCUUAAGAGAGCUGUUUGAGUUUCGGUACAUGCAGACAGACCCCAACUGGUCCAAUUUCUUCUAUGAUCCACAAACCCACCGGGUUGCAUUACUGGACUUUGGAGCAACGCGAGGUUUUGAUGAGAGCUUUACAGAUGUCUAUAUAGAGAUCAUUAAAGCAGCAGCAGAUGGGAACAGAAAAGGCGUACUAAAGCAUUCGUUAGACAUGAAGUUUCUCACAGGGUAUGAGUCCAAGGCUAUGGAAAAUGCCCAUGUAGAUGCAGUGAUGAUUCUGGGCGAGGCCUUUUCCUCAGACCAGCCCUUCGACUUCAGCUCACAGAGCACCACUAAGCGCAUCCAUAGCCUGAUUCCCAUCAUGCUGAGGCAGCGUCUGGCCCCACCCCCUGAGGAGACAUAUUCACUGCACCGCAAGAUGGGAGGCUCCUUCCUCAUCUGCUCACGCCUCCAUGCCAAGCUGUGCUGCAAGAACAUGUUCCAGCAGGCCUACACUAACUACUGGAGCAAGCACCAGAGAGGACCACAGCCAUGACUGAUACUGGCCCCCAGCCAAUUGCAGCCUGGUUUUUCAGGAGCUGGGUGGGCCAAAGCUGAAGCAUGCUUCUUGUGGCCUGCCAGCAACUCAGAAAUGAUGGAAAAAGUGCGAUGACUCUACAUUUUGUAAGCCUAAAUCAUAACCCUAAUGUUCUGGGUACAUUAUCCUAUGAUGGUUUGGCUCUGACUCUUUUGUCAUUCAGUGAGUGUGAGGAUCUGUAAUGUGCCUGAGGAAUAAUAUACGCAUGUUAUGGAUGUUUUACUGAAUGACAAGAUAAAAUAUUGCAAAUGCAAAUGUGCAACUUUUUGAACUCUAAUUAUGCCAGCAGUUCACAUCUCCUGCUUAUAAGAUCACUUUGGCCCUUUGGCUCAUGUCCAGAACUCUUAGUGUAUAUAUGUUUGCAUAAGAUCAGUAUAUUUUUCUUUUUUCUUGUUACAUGUACGAUAAUCGCACAAAAGUACAAGCUGCCUAAGUUCUACAAAAGGAAAAUGUAACACACUGGAAUGUUACCAACAACCUAUAACCCAAACCCUAAUCCUUUCAGGUGUUCCUCUACUAUUACUUUGAGACACACUCCAUCAGCACAGAGUUGGCCAGCAGUUGUUUUGGCAAAAAAUAUUUUUGUAGCCCUGUUAUACAUUGUGAGUAUGUUUUGAACUAAUCAGCUGUGCAACUUUAGUGUGGUCACACAGUCAGAAGCAAUCAAAUGAUAUUCAUGUUCAGGUUAUACUGCAGGGUUUGUAUUAACUGAAAAUUCCAUUAACUGAAAAUCCAGUAGCUAGCUUGUUUUGAUCUGUUUAUUUUUGUUUUCAUGUCCUGAUGUGACUGUGUAUGAUUAAAUGUGCCUGUAGUAAUUAGAUAUGAACUACUAACACAAUAAUGACCUAACAUUACAACUUUUUGGGUGAGAAAGUUUUUAAUAUUUCUAUCAACAGUAUUCUUAUUAAAAACUGGGAUGAACCUGGAAAAAUGGUUAUCUUCCAAUAUGUUGCAUAAGUAAAGUAAUAGUGAGUAGCUUGUUUAUUUCAUGGUUUUUCUGUGUAGCUGACACAAAUUUUCCCUAAAGGCAGUAGUUGGUAAUUAAACAGUGAUUCCAGGGAGAUUCCAGGGAGAGUGAGAAAUACUAUAUUUAGAUAAUAAUUGUGAUACAAAAGAAAGGAAAACAGUUUUGAAUUACUAACGACCAACUUCAUGUAUAGAUGACAAAAGACUAAAUAACUACUCGGCCAAAAAGGCCAGAAAAUAAACAUUUUUAUUAUUAUUAGAUUUAUUACUAUUAGGUUUUCCAUGUUCUCCCUGUGUGGAUUUCCUCAGGGGUCCCUAUUUUACUCCCACAGUCCAAAAACAUGGAGGUUAGGUUGAUUUGUAUAUUCUAAAUUGUCAUGUAUGAAUGUGAUUUCUCUC